CAUUCUUCUUCUCCAGUCCUGCUCCAGCAGCCUGCCCAAGUAGUGCCCUGCCUGCAGACUGGUUUUUUAACCUGUGUGUGACCAAGACAGUCCUGACACCUGUCCUAGAUAGUCACAUCUAAAAAGGUUCUCCUUGACUUUAAUGGUAUUUGUCAACUAUGGAGGAGGCGGCUAUUGGUUCUUCCAGCAUGCUCCUUGGAACGGUCUAACAGUUGCAGAUUUAGUUAUGCCAUGGUUUGUCUUUAUCAUCGGCACCUCAGUGGCUCUAGCUUUUAGCUCCAUGUUGAAGAGAGGCAUUCAUCGAUCACAGCUUGUGCGUAAACUGACAUGGAGAACAUGUGUUCUUAUGGCCAUAGGAGUUUUCUUCCUUAACUAUGGUCCAGCUGAUGGUCCAUUGUCUUGGCGUUGGGCCCGAAUUCCAGGAGUUCUCCAGCGUUUAGGGUUUACGUAUUUUGUUUUGGCGUUGAUCCACACCUGUUUCAGCAAAGCAAACCUGGAGCUUGUAGAGAGCCAUCAAUGGAGUGCUGCCGUAAGGGAUAUUGUCAUGUACUGGCCAGAGUGGAUCAUCAUUGCAGCUCUAGAGAUUGUUUCACUCUGUCUAACAUUCCUCCUACCUGUGCCUGGGUGUCCCACUGGUUACCUCGGUCCUGGUGGAAUUGGUGACUAUGGUCAGUAUUCAAACUGUACAGGAGGAGCUGCAGGAUACAUUGACAAAUGGCUUCUCGGUCCUAAUCAUAUCUACAAUUAUCCAACAUGCAAGGAACUGUACCAAACUACUCAACCAUUUGAUCCAGAAGGUGUACUUGGGACCAUUAACUCUGUAGUGAUGGCAUUUUUUGGACUACAGGCUGGGAAGAUCAUUCUUUUUUACCGCAAGUCCCCGCACAAAAUAUUAGGCAGAUUUUUGAUCUGGAGCAUCUUGCUGGGGAUUAUCUCAGCCAUCUUAACCAAGUGUACAAGGGAUGAAGGAUUUAUUCCCAUCAAUAAAAACCUCUGGUCUCUGUCCUUCAUCACAACACUCAGCUGCUUCUCCUUCCUUCUACUGGGACUGAUGUUUUAUGUGAUUGAUGUGCGACAGUGGUGGGGAGGACAACCAUUCAUCUACCCAGGAAUGAAUUCAAUCUUCGUGUAUGUUGGACACUCACUUCUGGCUUCAUAUUUCCCAUUUAAUUGGGAGGUGAAAAACUGGACAUCUCAUUAUGAGUUCCUUGCUCAAGAUCUUCUGGGAACCUUCAUCUGGGUCUUGGUAUCCUACUUGCUUUACAGGAAGAAAUUCUUCUUAAAGAUUUAAAUACUGGCCUUAUUUUGCACAUCCUUUCCUUAUUUGGAACA